CUGACAUCAUUACAACAACAAAUAUCUUCUAUUACUUAUUGAAUAGUAAAGCACUUUUCACCUUAGUGAUGAACAGGAAUUGUAGUUUGCAAAUUCCUCCAUCAAUAUCAGCAAUCUUCUAACAACCUGAUGAUCUUAACCAGAUGUGAAAAAUAAAGCAUAAAUACAAAAUGUGCAGUGGUGGGUCCCUUUGGACCAGGUUUAAAAACCACUGGUGUAUUGAGUAUAAGGUCUAUAGAUGGGAUGGUCAACUCUGGUCCUGGCAGGACACUAUUCUGCAAAAUUUAGCUCCAUCCCUGAUCAACCACACCUGCAAAAUUUAACCCAACCCCAUUAUUUAAUCGUAAAGGCUGAUUUAUACUUCUGUGUCAGACCUACGCUGGAGCCUCUGCACCAUAGGCUAUGUGUCUGUUUGUCAUGUACGUUGUCAGAGAAGCUUACAAAUAGAGGCGGCAGAGAAGCAGCAAAUAAGCAAACCAAUCAUAGGGCUUGCGGUCCGUGUAGAAUUGCUUGUUGUUACAUUUUCAAAGAGGUGCACGUCAGGCUACAUUUUAGUCUGUGUGGCACUCACAGCCUAUGCCAUAUCUUCAGGGUACACACGACGCAGAAGUAUAAGUCAGCCUUAAGUCUUCAGGAAUGCUUGACAAUUACAGGCAGAUGUAUUUGAUUAGGGAUUAAACUUAACUCUGCAAAAGAAUGGUACCAAAGCUGCCCAUCCCUGAUCCAUAAGAUAGGAUAGGGUAUAGAUCAUACAGUUUGUUGGUUUUGAUGCUUUAAAUGUCUAAAUUGUUUUAUGUCUAUUUUUGCCUUAGACCUAAUGGAACUGAAAGUAGCGAGUCAUGAACAAAAAGGAGCUCAAAAGACAGAAACUAAAGGUUAUUUCACCUGCCAACAGUGUGGAAAGACUUUUAAUCAACAUAGAAACCUUCAAGUCCACCUGAGAGUUCACACUAAAGAGAGUCCCUUCACUUGCCAACAGUGUGGAAAGAGUUUCACACAUAAAGACAAGCUUAAAGUCCACAUGAGAAUUCACACUGGAGAGAAACCCUUCACCUGCCAACAGUGUGGAAAGAGUUUCAGGCAAAAAGGAAGCCUUAAAGUCCACAUGAGAAUUCAUACAGGAGAAAAGCCUUACACCUGCCAACAGUGUGGAAAGAGUUUCAGUGAGAAAGGAAAACUUAAAAUCCAUAUGAAAAUUCACACUGGAGAAAAGCCUUACACCUGCCAACAGUGUGGAAAGAGUUUCAGGCAAAAAGGAAGCCUUAAAGUCCACAUGAGAAUUCAUACAGGAGAAAAGCCUUACACCUGCCAACAGUGUGGAAAGAGUUUCAGUGAGAAAGGAAAACUUAAAAUCCAUAUGAAAAUUCACACUGGAGAAAAGCCUUACACCUGCCAACAGUGUGGAAAGAGUUUCAGUGAGAAAGGGAGACUUAUAGUCCACAUGAGCAUUCACACUGGAGAAAAGCCUUACACCUGUCAACAAUGUGGAAAGAGUUUCAGUGACAAAGGAAGCCUUACAGCCCACAUCAGAAUUCACAUUAGAGAGAACCCAUUCACUUGCAAACAGUGUGGAAAGAGUUUCAGUAGAAAAGGAAGCCUUAAAGUCCACAUGAGAAUUCAUACUGGAGAGAAGCCUUACAUCUGCCAACAGUGUGGAAAGAGUUUCAGUGACAAAGGCAACCUUACAGGCCACAUGAGAAUUCAUACUGGAGAAAAGCCUUACACCUGUCAAGAGUGUGGAAAGAAUUUCAGUCGAAAAGAAAGCCUUAUAGCCCACAUGAAUAAUCACAGUGGAGAGAGCCCAUUUACCUGCCAACAGUGUGGAAAAAAUUUCAGUAAAAAAGGAAAACUUAAAAUCCAUAUGAGAAUUCACACUGGAGAAAAACCUUACACCUGCCAACAGUGUGGAAAGAGUUUCAAUGAGACAGGAAACCUUAAAGCCCACAUGAGAAUUCACACUGGAGAAAGACCUCAUACCUGUCAAGAGUGUGGAAAGAGUUUCAUUCGUAAAGAAGGCCUUAUAGCCCACAUGAGAACUCACACUGGAGAAACACCUUACACCUGCACUCUGUGUGGGAAUAGCUUCACACGGGAACGAAGCCUCAAGCAACACAUGAGAGUUCACACUGAGAAGCCUUUUGCAUGUGAUCAGUGUGGAAAGAGUUUCACACAUAAAUUGACCCUUUAUUACCACAUGGAUAUUCACACUGGAGAGAAGCCAUUCACAUGUGGUCAGUGUGGAAAGAGUUUCACACAUAAAUUGACCCUUUAUCACCACAUGAAUAUUCACACUGGAGAGAAGCCAUUCAUAUGUGAUAAGUGUGGAAGGGGUUUCAGAUUUAUAGGUUACCUCAAGGGCCACAUGAAAAUUCACUCGAAAGAGGACUUUUUUAGAAGUCAUCACUGUGGAAAGAGCAGAGGUGUAAAGAGUACCUGAAAACCAUAAUUGAAUAAAGGUUCAGAUACCUUACAACAAAAAUGACUCCAUUACAAGAUACAAGUCACCAAUUCUAAUACAAUUUGAGUUAAAGUCUUAAAGUUUCUGAGACUUAAUUAUAACCAUGCUGAAUUUAGGCUUGAAGAUGCACUAGUUCAGAAAUGUCAGUGAAAAUAAGAAAUUUAUUUGAUUUCUUUAUUAUUUUCUAAAAUCAAAAGAAAUUGACCAGCUCAAUAUUGCAAUAAAUCAAGGUCAACACAACAGCCUCUUAAGGCUGGUUCACACUGUGCGAUUUAUAACAGUCCUUUACGAUGGUUGCUUCUCAGGCUGUAUGAACAAGAUCCUCAUGUCACACUGUGGGAUCUCAGCUGUCAUUAAUGUCAGACUGUACGACAGUCAAGACGCGUUAAAAACGGACACAUGCAUGAAAAAUUGUCCCGAGUUUUAUAUCAUCAACUCAUACACAUUCGGUGACAGUGAGCUGCAUUACACACAGGACUGAAAUGGUGGCUAACAAAGACAUCUCUAUCAUUAAUUUUGAUCACAGCUUGUCUUGAAAAACAAAUACAAUUUGACAUUCGUCAUAGAAGUCACACUGCAGGAUUGUGCGGCAAAACUUCUGACAUUGCCAGAAUUUUGUCUGAGGUAAAAUUUGAUCAAAGACUACAGAUUUUAGGCUAGGAUUAUAGGAAUCUUUUAGGAUUUGCAAAAUUUGUCUCAGACGACCAAAUCGUGGCCAAAAUCGCACAGUGUGAACCAGCCUUUAAAUGUUAGGAUAAAAAUCUUGUAGUUCACAAAGCUUACAGUUGGGAUUGAAAGUUUGGGCACCCCAGGUAAAAAUUUGUAUUAAUGUGCAUAAAGAAGCCAAGAAAAGAUGGAAAAAUCUCAAAGGCAUCAAAUUACAGAUUAGACAUUCUUAUAAUAUGUCAAAAAAAGUUAGAUUUUAUUUCCAUCAUUUACACUUUCAAAAUAACUGAAAACAAAAAAAAAUGGCGUCUGCAAAAGUUUGGGCACCCUGGAGAGUUUAUAUCAUGCACUGCCCCCUUUGAAAAGCUGAGACCUGACAGUGUCAUGGAUUGUUCUCAAUCAUCGUCUGGAAAGACCUGACGAUGUCAAUCUCAAAGGUUUUAAAUGCCCAGACUCAUCUGACCUUGUCCCAACAAUCAGCACCAUGGUUUCUUCUAGUUGUCUAGAAAACUGAAACUGAAAAAAAGUUGAUGCUCACAAAGCAGGAGAAGGCUAUAAGAAGAUAGCAAAGCGUUUUCAGAUGCCAAUAUCCUCUGUUCGGAAUGUAAUUAAGAAAUGGCAGUCAUCAGGAACAGUGGAAGUUAAAGCAAGAUCUGGAAGACCAAGAAAAAUAUCAGACAGAACAGCUCGCAGGAUUGUGAGAAAAGCAAGUCAAAACCCACGUUUGACUGCACAAUCCCUCCAGAAAGAUCUGGCAGACACUGGAGUUGUGGUACACUAUUCCACUAUAAAGAGAUACUUGUACAAAUAUGGUCUUCAUGGAAGAGUCAUCGGAAGAAAACCUCUUCUACGUCCUCACCACAAAAAUCAGUGUAUGAAGUUUGCAAAUGAACAUAUAGACAAGCCUGAUGCAUUUUGGAAACAAGUUUUGUGGACCAAUGAGGUUAAAAUAGAACUUUUUGGCCGAAUGAGCAAAGGUACGUUUGGAGAAGAAAGGGCACAGAAUUUACUGAAAAGAACCUCUGUCCAAAUGUUAAGCAUGGGGGUGGAUCAAUCAUGCUUUGGGGUUGUAUUGCAGCCAGUGGCACAGGGAACAUUUCACGAGUAGAAGGAAAAAUGGAUUCAAUAAAAUUUCAGCAAAUUUUGGAUGCUAACUUGAUGCCAUCUGUGAAAAAGCUGAAGUUAAAGAGAGGAUGGCUUCUACAUAUGGAUAAUUAUCCUAAACACACUUCAAAAUCCACAGUGGAUUACAUGAAGAUGCGUAAACUGAAGGUUUUGCCAUGGCCUUCACAAUCUCCUGACCUCAACAUAAUUGAAAAUCUAUGCAUAGACCUUAAAAGAGCAGUGCGUGACAGACAGCCCAGAAAUCUCAAAGAACUGGAAGACUUUUGUAAGGAAGAAUGGGCAAAGAUACCUUAAACAAGAAUUGAAAGACUCUUGGCUGGCUACAAAAUGCGUUUACAAGCUGUGGUACUUGCCAAAGGGGGCAGUACAAGGUAUUACUUCUGCAGGGUGCCCAAACUUUUGCAGACGCCAUUUUUUUGUUUUCUGUUAUUUUGAAAUUGUAAAUUAUGGAAAUAAAAUUAACUUUUUUUUUUGACAUAUUAUAACAAUGUCUAAUCUGUAAUUUGAUGCCUUUUGGAGAUUUUUUUCCAUCUUUUCUUGGCUUCUUUAUGCACUUUAAUAUAAAUUUUUACCUGGGGUGCCCAAACUUUCAAUCCCCACUGUAUGCUACGUCCUAUCCCUUCUCUAUAGGUUGUUUGCACAUGAUGUCAUUGCUGCUGGCGAACUGUGGCAGGAGAGUAAGGAGUAAUUCUUCUAUAUAGGAAUCCUAAUACAAACUCAAAAUUCCUAUUUUUUGCAUUUUUAUGGUUGCUCAAAUCUAUCAAACCGAGAAACCACAAUGAGCUUUUAUCAUUUAUGUAACGUGUAAGGGUUUUUUUUUUACUUUAAAAGUUGUCACCUUUUUAUAGCAUUUUGUGUCUGCUGAUACUGAAAUGAAUAUGGAUUCCUGCUUACUUUAUUUGUUUUUGACUUCG